AUGAGCGGGAACGAUGCGCGCUACGACGCCGACUCCGCCGUGCUCGUGGCCGCCAAGCAGAAAGCCGCGCUCCAGGAGCACGCCAAGAUGCAAUGGCUCGCUUGCUUCGAUUCAGCUCUCUCGGCAGCAGAAGUGGGGCUGGAGCGGAAGCAGCGCGAGCGCCGCGCCGCGCAGCGCGCUGCCGAGGCUCAGGACGCGGCUCGCGGGCAGCGCAACCGCCCGGCGCCGAGCCGGUGCUAG